GGGGGGAGGGUUGGUUGGUUGGUUGUCUCACUCGCGAAGAUUACCUAACUACCCGAACUGCCCGAUGAGAAACGGCCGACUCGUUUCAGGAACUUCAUAGUUGUUCAUUCGCUUUUUCGGAUCGCUUCUUUUUUUACGCGUCUGUUUUCUCUCAUAGCGCUGGAUUAGAGAAAACUCGGCGCUAUUAUGACAGCUGCCAGUGUGCGUGGCGCACUUUUGCGGGACGGCGCCGAGAGCGCGGCUCUGUGUUGAUAUAUAUAUAAUAAAUAUAUGUCCUGUUAACGCAGCGAGCGAAGGUCCGAGGCGAAAUGCGGGAGGUGCCCCGCGGAGCGACUCAGAUGUGAACGCGGAUCAUCGGAUCAUCGACAGUUUCCCGAGGUAAGCUCUCCUGCAUGAUGGCGCAGUGGAAGCAGGUCCAAAUGCAGGUUCAGUUCUUGUCCACAAAGACCCUGAACGAGCUGUACCCCCAGACCUUCCCUAUGGAUGUUCGCUGCUACCUGGCCAACUGGAUCGAGGAGCAGUCCUGGGAGGACAUCGUCAUGGACAGCCCCGAGCAGGAGGCUCGUGCCGUGGGCCUGCUGGAGCAGAUCACCUCCUUGCUGCAGGACCUGGCCCAGCGCAACCCCAAUGUGGUGGAGAAGCUACGGCUGCAGCAGUUCAGCAGGAACAUGAGUGUGUUCCGCUCGCAGCCCCUGCAGCUGGUGAAGACAGUGCAGGACAUCCUGAGGAAGGAGAGGGUCCUGCUCAGUCAGACGGUAUCCCCCGUAUCCCACUUCUCCCCGUCCCCUGCGCAGCCCUCAGAGAGUAACAGGGAUGUGGACGUGCUGGUCCUCAAGGUCCUGGAAAUUCAGAGCUGCCGACAGAAGAUCCACCAGCUGCAGGAGGAGCUCAACUGGGAGAGGCAGAACUUCGAGUCCCUGCAGGUCCAGCUACAGUCUCACCCGAGUAAUGGUUUGGACCCAAAUCUCUCCGAGCAAGUUGUCAAGUUGCAGAGCCACAUUCAGCAGCUGGAAUUCAAUGGCAAAGCCAUCGCCAAGACGCGCGUACAGCUCCUGCAGGAUGCCGUGUGCUGUCUGGAGCAGUGUCAGUCGCGCCUCGUCCAAAGAAUACAGGCCUGGAGGAGGGAGCAGCACCUGGCCACCAUCGGGGCCCCGUUUGACGACAACCUGGGGCCCCUGCAGACCUGGUGCGAACAGUUGUUCGGGGUGAAUCUGAAGCUCAAGCAAGAAGUCCUCAUUGAGCCCAUUGCUGAGCUGCAGGAGAAGCUGGGCUUGCUGCUCCAGACCCUGGUCCAGAGCUCCCUCACGGUUGAUAAGCAGCCGCCACAGGUCAUCAAAACCCAGUCCAAGUUCUCCACCACGGUGCGCUACCUACUGGGAGAGAAGGUGGCCCCGGGGAAGCCGGUGUUGCUCAAAGCCCAAAUCGUCACGGAGGCGCAGGCCAGAAACCUCGGCCAGCUGGGGACCAUCCCUUCGGAGAAUGUCGGGGAGCUCAUCAACAACACAGCCAUCCUGGAGCACAACGCUUCCACCAAGAGCACAUGCGCCACCUUCAGGAACAUGUCUAUAAAGAAGAUCAAGAGGGCCGACAGAAAAGGCUCCGAGUCGGUGACAGAGGAGAAGUUUGCCCUUCUCUUCUCUACAGAAAUCAACAUCACAGGGUGUGACACUCCAUUCCGCAUUCAGAUGAUAUCUCUUCCUGUUGUUGUGAUUGUGCAUGGGAGUCAAGACAACAAUGCCUUGGCCACAAUCAUAUGGGACUGCGCCUUCUCCGAACCCGAUCGAGUGCCGUUUGUGGUUCCAGAGCGUGUGCCUUGGAAACAGAUGUGCAUGACCCUGGACAGCAAGUUCACGUCAGAAGUGCAGACGCAGCGGCACCUCGACCGGUUCAAUCAGCACUUCCUGGCUCAGAAGAUUUUCGACAAGCCUGAUAUCUCAGGAGACUACAGUAACAUGCUAGUGUCCUGGGCCCAGUUUAACAAGGAGGUGUUACCAGGACGACCCUUCACCUUCUGGCAGUGGUUCGAUGGGGUUAUGGAGCUAACCAAGAAACACCUCAAGAGCUACUGGAGCGAUGGGUUGAUAUUUGGAUUUAUUGGCAAGCAGCAUCUACACCUGAUCCUGCAAGACCGUCCCAAUGGCACCUUCCUCCUGCGGUUCAGUGAUUCUGAGAUAGGGGGCAUCACCAUUGCAUAUGUUGCCCCAUCUGAGAAUGGUGGCAGGAAAAUCCAAAACAUCCAGCCCUUCACCAAACGGGACCUAGAGAUCCGUUGCCUUGGCGACCGCAUCCGAGACAUCGAGCUCAUCACGCACGUGUAUCCGGAUUUUCCGAAAAAUGAUGCGUUUAAGAAGUAUUACACGGAUGAUUCACAGCCCCUUAACCACGGGUACAUUGGAGUUACCAUGCAGACCAAAGUGGCAGGAGACACACACCCUACAUCCCCGUCUGUACCCUCCAUGACGCCGCGCAGUGAGACUCCUCAGGACCCCAGCCUUCUGCCCAGUCACACUUCCUAUCCCCCAGGACCUGUCUUUUCAAACAUGGAUCCAAUGAGAAAUGGAAGUGUACCAGUGACCGUACCUGUCAUAUCGCCAUUCUUCUCCCCCCAACAGUUCCAGCCCUCCUUCAACACGGACUCGAGGGUCCCGCCCGGGCCGUUCCACCUUGACCCUGUCUCUAUUGGCCUCUUUCCAGAUCUAUCGGAGCCUCCUCAGCAAAGUAGCAUGGAGUUCGAAGAUAUUCUGGACUCUGAGAUGUACCGAAUGUCGUCGUGAAGACGCAGAAAGCCGAACAGUGAAAACUAGCCAUUUCCAGAAUCGAAGAAGAACACUUGGGGAAGCAGGGCACCAGCUGGUCAGAGGAUCUUGAAAGGGACCAGAGAUGUUGCUUAUAAGGGAACGCUACAGUUAUUGAUUUUUGUUCUUCCUUUUUUCAUUGCAUAUGUUUUAUUUAGGCACACCAUUGCCAUUACGUGUGAAAAGAUGUCUUCUUAUAGCUUGUAUAUGGUGGGAAUCAGACUGAGGAAGUAUUUUGUUCUGUUUUGGAACAAGGAUCGUUGACAGCUCCCAGCAUGACACACUAAGGGCGCCUGAAAUUCAUAAGGAUAUAUUUACGUUCAUCACGCAGCCUGAGUAAAACUGUGUGUGGACCACAAAGAUGAAGAUUGCCUUGGUCCAGACGGAGAAAACGAAAGACACGGCGCAUUCUUCUUUUUUAAAAUAAAGACAGUUUCUGAAUACGUUUUGGAUUUUCAGCAGCCGACAUCGUCGUUUUACAUCGUUUUUCCUCAUGUGCAGCGAUUUGUUCGUAGUUGAUGAAGUAGUACAAAAAUGUAUUCUGCUGUUCUCUGGCUGCCAGGAUUUAUCUUGUGUAGAAUAUGUGCUGCAUAUAAACCAAACUCUUUUCCAGGUUUACAGUCGCCUCUGAAAAUAAAAUUCCUCAAAUCUUUA